GCCAAGAAGAAGAAGAAGAAGAGAGAAAAAGCAACAAAAACGUGUACACGGAGGAAGAGGAGGAGGGCAGGCAGGCAAUGGCAUGGCCCAUGGCGUCUUUCAUUUUAACACGCACCAACCUUCCAAAUUGAUAAACAAAACAGAGGAACCAAUCUCCACCUUUUACUAUCUCUGUAUCGCCAUGAAUGGGAAAGCUAGUGUAUCCAAGGAGCUGAACGCCAAACAUAGAAAGAUAUUGGAAGGACUUCUUAAACUACCCGAGAACAGAGAAUGUGCAGACUGCAAAAGCAAAGCUCCAAGAUGGGCUAGUGUAAAUCUUGGAAUUUUCAUAUGUAUGCAAUGUUCUGGGAUUCACAGAAGCCUUGGAGUGCAUAUAUCGAAGGUAAGAUCAGCCACACUUGACACAUGGCUCCCGGAUCAGAUUGCAUUUAUUCAAUCUAUGGGAAAUGAAAAAUCAAAUAGCUAUUGGGAAGCCGAGCUGCCACCUAAAUAUGAUAGAGUUGGAAUUGAGAAUUUCAUUCGGGCAAAGUAUGCAGAUAAGAGAUGGAUACAAAAAUAUGAAAAAUCAAAAUUUCCUUCCCCAACCAGAGAAGAGAAGCUUUCACCCAUGGAACCAAAUUCAAGAAUUAAUGGUGGAAUGGGAUAUAAGGAGAAUAUUAAACAGUUUCGAGAGGAGAAGAAAAUCCCUCAGCUUAUUCUAUGUACAGAAAUAAGUUCUGCUGCAAACCAUUCUUCUCCUAAAGCAUCUACCCCGGUGACUCGUGAUCAAAGAGAAGAAGAAAGAAAGAUGGAAUCAGAAUCAGUAAAACCGGUAUCCAAUUCCACCAAUCCUCCAGCAUCAACGGUCAAUUCCACCAAUUCUCCAGCAUCAACUGUUGAUUAUGCUACUGAACUGUUCAAUUUACUCUCCGUGGAUUCUCCUUCAACUUUUAAUCAUGGCCAAUCUUUUGAAGCAGAAAGGAAGAUCCAACAAACAUCAGGAAUUGAAGACUUAUUUGCGGAUGUACAAUGGAUAACUUCUCAUACUACUACUGCUGAUAAGCCUCUACAAGAAGUGAAGAAAGACAACACAAAUCUCUUUGUCAAGCAUCAGCAACAAGUCUCACCAUCAGCAACUCAACAACAGUCAUUUUUCACAUCAGCUGCAGCUCCAGCUCCAGCACCAUUGCAUUAUGGAUUCAAUGCCACACAAUUUCAGGGUCAAAAUUCAAGAGGAGGAAGUCUUAAUGGUUACGGCCAAGUUCCAGGAAUGACCACGAAUACAAUGCCAAUGGUUCUUCCGCAGAAAUAUGGGCAGAUGGGAAACAUUACAGGAACCGGAAUCUACUCUACACCUAGUAAUGUGUAUGGUUCAACAACGCCUGUUCCGGCUGUCAAAGGUGUAAGCCCUGUAGGAAUUAAUGGAUAUCCGACUAGGUUCUCGGGACCAGCAGGAUCCAUUGGAGCUCAACAAUCAGGAAGAGAUUAUGAUUUUUCAUCACUCACACAAUUUCAAGGAAUGUUUGCUAAGAAAUGAGCAUAGAAAAGGUCUUACUUUUUAUUUUCCUUAUUCAAAUUGGUUCAAGAAAAUAGCUUAAAAUUGGUUCAAGAAAUAGCUUCAGAUUGAACAACAUUGCAUUGAAGGCUGCACCAUGAGUUCAUGAUUGUCGAACCAAGUGUGAAUGCGCCCUGCCCUAUGUGCGUCGGUGACAGUUUCUUAUAUGUAAUAAUUUAAACGCGCCUUCUCAAUUGUGUUAUUUCAUUUUAACCCAGAUGGGAAAAUAUUACUGUGUAAAUAAAUAUGCUGUGCUUUCUUUAACACCA